AUGAGACAAGAUGAUGGGUUGUCUGAAAUUAAAGGAAUGAUGCAACAAAUGAUUCGGUCCAAUGGAAAAAUACAAGAGAAGGUUGAAGCACAUGACUCAAUAAUAAAAGGCAUUGAGAUUCAAUUAGGGCAGAUAUCUAUGGCUCUGAAUAAUCGUCCCCAAGGGAUGUUACCUGCGGACACACAUAUCAAUCCGAAAGAGCAGGACCUGAAGCAUCUUAUGGCGAUGAGUCUAAGAAAUGGUAGAGAUCUUGAUUUGGAGCAAGAGAUUGCUCGUGAAAGCCGACCAACUAAGAUACUUGUGACGAUACCAAUUGAGGUGGACAAUUCAACAAGGUUAACAGAGUUAACGGUACAACAUGCACAAGAGAAAACAAGCAAAGAAAAAGAGGUUGCAAAUGAGACUGAGAAAGUGCAAGAGACGUCAUCAAAAAAAGUGCCAGAGCAAGAUCUAACUCAGUCACAUGAAGGAAGCGACCUCCAACACCCUUCCCGCAGAGACUUGGCAACUGUGACAUUGACUCAGACCUGUAGUACUAUUGUGACAAGACCUAUAGCUGAGAAGCUAUCCGUUCUUGGAAGCUUCACAAUUCCAUGCACCAUAUGUAGCUAUGCAUUUACCAAAGCAUUGUGUGAUUUAGGGGCAAGCAUAAAUCUGAUGUCAUUGUCUAUCUAUAAAAAGUUAGGCAUUGGAAGAGCAAGGCCCACAUCCAUGUUACUACAGCUAGCUGAUCGAAUGGUGAAAAAGCCAUCAGGUAUACUUGACGAUGUACUUGUGCAAGUUGGGAAGUUUGUGUUUCCGACAGAUUUUGUCAUUCUGGACUGCCAGGUUGAUGGGGAGAUUCCCAUAAUUUUGGGAAGGCCGUUCUUGGCCAUAGGAAGAGCUCUGAUUGAUUGUGAAACUGGGAGCUGA